UUCUUGACAGGGGUGACACAAGCAGCAGAGACACAGCUCCACAGACCACAACCGGCCCAGCCCUGGAGGGGUGAAAUUGCAGCACAUUCUCACAGAAAACCUGGGAAACUUCUUCAGAGACCUUGACAAAGGCACAGGGGUCCCCCAGUUUGCAUUUCCGAAAACCUUGGACAGAGAAGACUGACGCAUGGCGGCGUGGGACCUGUCAGUCACAGUGGAGGACCUGGGGUCUGAUGCCCCACCUGUCACCAUCAGCGUAGCCUCUGACCUCCACGUCGGAGGGGUUAUCCUCAAGCUGGUGGAAAAGACACAAAUCAAGCGUGACUGGUCGGAUCAUGCCCUGUGGUGGGAGCAGAAGCAGCAGUGGCUCCUGCGGACAGCCUGGACUCUGGAGAAAUAUGGCAUCCACGCUGACGCCCGGCUCCUCUUCAUGCCCCAACACAAGCCCCUGAAACUGGGGCUGCCCAACGGCAUCACCCUCAGGCUGCGGGCCUCCUUCUCCUGCCCUGUCUUCCAGACUGUGAUGGGUAUCUGCAGAAUGCUCAACAUCCGACACCCUGAGGAGCUCUCCCUCCUUCGGCCUGUGGAGGAGAAGAAGAAGAAGAAGGACAAAGACUUGGCUGAGGAGAUCUACGACCUGACCGAGGUGCCCCUUUCCUCGGUGUCCCGGCCCUGUCUGUACAACGGCAUGCCAGCUCACUUUGUUGAUUCACCUCAGAUGGAGGCCAUCUACAAGAUGCUGUCAGUCACUCAGCCUCCUCCUGCCCCUGAGGUCAUAGCCAAGCAGUACCGCCCCGCCAGUGUGGUGGACAAGGCCCAUAUCAACGGCAGGUGGUUGGAUUCAUCCCGUUGUCUGAUGCAGCAGGGCAUCCAAGAAAACGACCGACUCUGGCUACGUUUCAAAUACGCUGCCUUCUAUGAUAUAGAGCCCAAGUACGAUGUUGUGCGUCUGACCCAGCUGUAUGAACAGGCUCGCUGGGCCAUCCUGCUGGAGGAUGUCGACUGCACCGAGGAGGAGAUGAUGCUUUUCGGAGCUCUGCAGUACCACAUCAGUAAGGUGGCUCAGUCGGAGCCCCAGAUGCUGAGCACCAACGCAGCCAUGGACGACCUGGAGUCUGCCCUGAUGUCGCUGGAGGUCAAGAUGGAGGGAGAGAACAGCUCCGCGUCCGAGUUGCUGGAAAAUAUGACUGCCCCAGAACUCAGUGACUAUCUGAAGUUAUUCCGGCCCAAGAGGCUGACGCUGAAGGGAUACAAACAGUACUGGUUUAAGUUCCAGGAUACUUCCAUCUCUUAUUUCAAGAGCAAAGAGGAGAGCAUUGGAGAGCCCAUUCAACAGAUCAACCUCAGAGGAUGUGAGGUGGCUCCAGACGUUAACGUUGCAUCGCAGAAGUUCCUUAUCAGACUCCUGAUCCCGGCACCUGAAGGCAUGAACGAGGUCUAUCUGCGCUGUGAGAACGAGCAGCAGUAUGCUCAGUGGAUGGCUGCAUGCCGGCUGGCCUCCAAAGGCAAAAGUCUGGCAGACAGCAGUUUCCAGAGUGAGAUCCAGAGCAUCCGAUCCUUCCUGGCUAUGCAGAAGACCAACUCCCACGGCAACGCACCUGCCGGCGAUGAAAGCAUCAAUACUCACAGUCUGGUAUCCCCGCGCUACCAUAAGAAGUACAAACCUAAACAGCUGACCCCUCGGAUCCUGGACGCAUACCAGAACGUGGCUCAGCUCUCACUGACAGAUGCACUGAUGCGUUUCCUGCAGAUCUGGCAGGCCUUGCCAGACUUUGGGCUCUCAUACGUUGUUGUCAGAUUCAAGGGUAGCCGAAAAGACGAGGUACUGGGCAUUGCCCCAAACCGCCUGAUCCGCAUCGACCUGGGAGUGGGUGAUGUGGUCAAGACCUGGCGCUACAACAACAUGAAGCAGUGGAAUGUAAACUGGGACAUACGACAGAUGGCCAUUGAGUUUGACGGGAACGUGAACAUUGCCUUCAGCUGUGUGACUGCCGACUGCAAAAUCGUUCAUGAGUUUAUUGGAGGCUACAUUUUCAUGUCGACGCGCAGUCGUGAGAAGAGCGACACGCUCAAUGAGGAGCUCUUCCACAAGCUGACCGGUGGCCAUGAAGCUCUCUAAGACUGAAACACACACACAAACUGAUCCUUCAGAGCCCAUCAAUUCCUCCAAUAUGUCUCACCAGUGGAAAACACAGGUGGAAAACGCAGCCGCAAUAAGAUAAGAACGUCAAAAUCUGAUAUUCUGUUCAUUGUAGAUGAGUUUAAACCCAGCCUCUCCGUCCAUCGGGGUCUGGUCUUGUUCUCGACACAGAGACGCACAGUUAUUUGUAAGCUACAUCAGUGGAAAGCAGACUUAACACGUCCAGACAGUUCGAGACUCCAGUCGUCCUCCUGCUGACUUGCCCCCUCCCUUCAGGAUGGACUGCUGCUGAGCCAAACUGCUGGGCAUCAGCUCCAGGAUCAGCAGGCUUGACAAUCAAACUCAGAGAAAUGUAAAAUCAACAGCCGAAUCAGCCAGCUGCAACUUCUCUUUUUCAGCUCACUCUAUCAAGUAUUGUAAUCAGGGUUGCUCAGGAUGGAAAACUUUUGUCUAGAGCUGCAAACGCAUCUUCACUUAGACUUUUAUUAGAAAUUAUUGUCACUUUACAGCAGCCAUAUUAUUGCAAAAAUAAAUACCAAUAUCAAAUGUUCACCACAUAAAUGUGCGAAUAAACAAACAUUUACUAAAAUAAA